AUGGCGUGGACCGACAUCCCGCAUCCGCAUGUUCGAGCGUGGUAUUCGUAUGCCUUCGCAGCUGAAGUUUUCUCGGCUUGUGGAUUGGCCAUCUUUCUACCGAUAACGCUUGAGCAACUCGCUCGUGAGAUAGGAUAUUACGCUCCAGAACUGGUUGAACCAUGCGCUAUCAACAGUUCCACGGGGGAUGCAUUGGAGAGAGUAUGCAAAGCGAGGAUCUUAGGUGUAUGGGUUGAUACAGCGUCAUUCAGUAUGUACGUCAAGUCGAUAGCUGUAGCUCUACAGGCGAUAUGUAUAAUAUCAAUUGGUCCAUUGGCUGAUUCACCGUAUUGGCGCAAAAGACUCUUGCUGCUCUUCGCCUAUGCCGGGUCAAUUUCUGCAAUCCUCUUUCUGUUAUUCCCAUCGACACCUAAUGUCGGCUUACCGCUCAUAGCUGCAUUCCUGUUCAUAAUUGGAAAUACAGCAUAUGCGACUAGCAUAGUGUGCAGUAAUGCUUUUCUACCUGCUUUGGCAAGGGAAGACGAAGAUGUUAUAAAUGCACUGGCCGAAUCUCACAAUACACAACCUGAUUCCGAAGAAGCAGAAACGGAUGCGGUCAGAAGAGCUAAUUCGGUAGAAGAAGGAAGUAACUUACUACCCCAAAGGAUCGUUCCUGCUGUUCGAGCCAUCUCAUCGAUUGAUUUAGCUGAAUCUGAUCCAAUACCUAAAUCACCUAUAUCACGACCACAUGGUUCAAAAUCACAUUACGAAUCACUUCUUUCAUUGACGGUAUCAAGACUAUCUUCAACUGGAACUGCAUUAGGUUUUCUCUCUGGAGUAUCAGUCCUUGCAUUAUUGUUGAUACCAGUCUUAUUGCUGGACGGAAGCACCUUUUCACUUAGAUUAGCAAUUGGAUUAAGUGGGAUCUGGUGGGGUAUCUUCACAAUACCAAGUUGGUUAGGUUUACCUUCUGGGAAUAAAGAAGAUAGGCGUCAACCGGUUGGAGGUCUGAAAGAUGCUUGGAAAAGGAUAGGCAAUAUGGUCAAAUUGAAUGAGAUGGAGAAAUUACCGAAUUUAUACACUUUUCUGGUGGCUUGGAUGUUCCUUUCUGAUGGAUUCCACACAACAACAUACUCAGCGAUUUUAUUCGCUUCAUCCGUAUUAUCAAUGUCAGCAUCCAAGAUAAUUUUGAUAGGAAUAUUAGUUCAAUUAUCAGCUGUAAUAUCAUCAAUAUCAAUCCCAAAAUUACAAAUCAGAUUUUCAAUCAAAGCUGAACAAAAUGGUGGAAAACCAAUAACCAAUUUCAAAGUUUUGUUAUAUGCUGUUUUAGCAGGUGCUUUAAUUCCGAUAUAUACUUGUAUCGGAUUGAUAUUGCCUUUUGGUGGAUUAAGGACUGAAGGUGAAAUGUACGUUUUAGCGAUAUGGUUUGGACUCGUAUUCGGUCCGUUUCUGAGUUAUUCAAGAGCAGUGUAUACAGAACUCAUCCCACCUGGCCACGAAUCGACUUUCUUCUCGUUAUUCGCUUUCACAGAUAAAUCAGCGUCUUUCAUCGGUCCAGCAGCUGUAGGUCUCAUAGCUGACUUGACCGGUAAUCUGAGAUAUGGCUUUGUGUUCUUGUUGAUCAUGUUAGUCGUUCCGAUACCCGUCUUACUGAGAGUCAGUGUGAGGAAAGGCAAUGAACAAGCUAGAAUCUGGGCGGAAGAUAGACUUAGAGAAGGAAGAGAAGAGGAGCAAGACGAGAUCACUGCGUUGCUGGAUUCUGAAUGA